AUGACAGUAGAUCUCGAUAAAUACGUGAAGCCUGGUAGAGACUAUUAUAUUGCACUUGGACUAGAAGGUUCAGCCAACAAGUUAGGAGUGGGAAUUAUCAGACAACCAGUGGGCCAAUUGUCGCAGACUAACCGAGCAGAAGUCCUCCUGAAUGUUAGAGAUACAUAUGUCACUCCUCCAGGAGAAGGCUUCCUUCCUCGGGAUACAGCCAGACAUCACCGAAACUGGGUAGUGAGAAUUAUUAAAAGAGCAUUGAGCGAAGCCAAAGUCACGGGAGCAGACCUUGACUGUAUUUGUUUCACCCAGGGCCCUGGAAUGGGUGCUCCAUUACAGAGUGUAGUUGUUGCUGCUCGUACAUUGGCCCAGUUAUGGGAGUUGCCUCUAGUUGGAGUAAAUCACUGCGUGGGCCACAUUGAGAUGGGAAGAGAGAUCACCGGAGCCGACAACCCCGUAGUUUUAUAUGUCAGUGGUGGAAAUACGCAGGUGAUUGCAUAUUCUAAACAGAGAUACAGAAUCUUUGGAGAAACGCUUGAUAUCGCCAUAGGGAAUUGUUUGGACAGAUUUGCUAGAACACUCAAGAUACCGAACGAGCCUGCGCCAGGAUACAACAUCGAACAAAUGGCCAAAAAGGGUAAACAUUUGGUCAACUUACCUUAUACUGUAAAAGGAAUGGACUUGUCAAUGUCUGGGAUAUUGGCCCAUGUAGACGGCUUGGCCAAGGACAUGUUUGGCAAACAGGGUAAAAAGCUCGUAGACGAAGAAACAGGAGAACUUAUUACUGCGGAGGAUCUUUGCUUCUCUCUUCAGGAGAUCUUGUACUCUAUGUUGGUAGAAAUCACAGAACGUGCUUUAGCCCAUGUGAAUAGUAACCAGGUGUUGAUUGUAGGUGGUGUAGGGUCCAACGAGCGGUUACAAGAGAUGAUGAAGUUGAUGAUCCAAGAUAGGAAAAACGGCCAGAUCUAUGCCACCGACGAAAGAUUCUGUAUAGAUAACGGCAUAAUGAUAGCUCAUGCCGGGUUGUUGAGUUACAGAACCGGUCAGACAAACGACCUCUGGAACACUGUCUGUACACAGAGAUUCAGAACUGACGAAGUAUUUGUAAAAUGGAGAGAUGACUAG